AUGAUCAGUGGUCAGUGUUGGUGAAUGAAUUGAAUAAUAACUAUGAAGAUAAGUGGAUGAUGAAUUAUUACUAUACGACUGGAUGUUGCAAAGAGAGAAGUGUUCAUAUAUCAUUUAGUUUGCAUUAACUUGAAAUGUGUAGAUAGUUUUAUUGAGGAAUUUUUGUGAUAUGGUAGAUUAUAGUGAAAAAUCAAUUCAUUUGGUGACACCAAAAAUGAGUGGUAUGAAUUUGAUGCUUAUUAGGGCAUCAAUAGUUUUGGGAAUGGUAGCAGCAGUAGUGACUUUGUUAUAUUUAACUCCUGUGCCAGAUCAAAACUUUAAAAGCUGUGAUAGACCUUGCCAUGAUUUAGACUGGCCAAUGAUAUGUCGAGUUACAAUGCAUAUUGAAAUGUUGAAAAGUAAUAUAAUAUGUGACAACUGCCAAGAUAACUCUACGGAGUGCUCGAAUUCUUUCUGCUCGAUUACAGAUAGUUCUUCCAGAGGCAUAAUUACUGCUAAUCGUCAACUCCCAGGGCCCUCAAUACAUGUUUGCCAUAAUGACAUCCUUGUCGUUAACGUCGUCAACAAAAUUCCUGGUCACAGCCUCAGUAUACACUGGAGGGGACAGCCCAAUAAUGAAGCACCUUUCAUGGAUGGAGUGCCCAUGGUAACUCAGUGUCCUAUAUCAAGUUACACUACGUUCCAAUACCAGUUCAGAGCAUCAUCUCCUGGAACGCAUUUCUAUCACGCACACUCUGAUACAGAUCGAUCUUCUGGUUUGUUUGGAGCUAUUGUCGUGAGACAAACUGAAAAGGCAGAACACCAUAGGAAACAGUAUGAUGCUGACCUGGAGGACCAUAUGAUUUUACUAUCAGAGUGGUCUCCGGAAUUCAAUGGAGAAACUAGAAGUAUUUUAAUCAAUGGUAAAGGAUCAGGUGACACAAUUCAUGCCGUUUUCAGAGUAACAAAAGGUAAAAGGUUUCGAUUUCGAGUAGCUCAUGUUGGAGGUACCACAGGCUGUCCAAUGACGCUGGCUAUAGACAAUCAUUUACUGAAAAUUAUUUCACUUGAUGGUAAUCCUAUCAAGCCAUAUGAAGCAUCUUCGAUAAAGUUAGCGAAAGGAGAGAGAUUGGACUUCAUAUUGAAAACCAAUCAGAAAUUUGGUACCUAUGAAAUGAAGGUUAAUGCUAACUGCGAAGGAAAUGAUCUGAAUGGUAAAGCAGUCAUUAGAUAUGAAGGCUCGACUCUUGGACCAUCAUUACCAACGUUGGAUUUCAUGAAGAGUUCAAGAAUAUUCGAUACAUCCCUUGCUGCGAGAGAUGUUUCUGGAGUUUCCUUGUCGAAUGUCAGAUCAUUCGAAAAAAUUGAUUCGGUCCUGAAAAAUACUGACGUUGAUGUGAAAUUGUAUCUAGGAUUUGAUUAUGUUGACGGAAAACAUUUUUCCAUCCAGGGUGAGGAUAAAAAUAAUAUAACUUUCGUGUACCCUUCAUCACCGUUGCUCACACAACCAGCUGAUGUUCCACUCGACUCCAUGUGUAAUGAAUCGAAUUGGCCGGCUCGAUGUGCAGGAAAAAUCACUUGCGAAUGCGUUCAUGUUGAACAUGUCCCGUUGGGAAGCACUGCUGAGAUUAUAUUGAUCGAUCAAGGUGGCGAUGACGAUGAAUACAUUUUUCAUCUCCAUGGGUACCAUUUCUAUGUUGUCGGUUCGAGAAUUUUUGAGACACCGCCAUUGAAAAAUGAAGUUAUUGAUAUGGAUAAAUCGAAUAAUUUGAUGAAACGAAACUUAAUGAAUCCAGUACGCAAAGAUACAAUAAGAGUUCCUAGAAAUGGAGUCGUUGCACUAAGGUUUUUGGCAGAUAAUCCUGGUUUUUGGUUGUUGAGAGAUGAGAAAUCCGAAGGAUGGACAAGGGGAAUGGACAUACUUACACACGUCCCAUGA